AUAUGUCAGUCAAUGUAAGCGUCUGACCUUGCGCUGCUUCAUGUUUACGGAAGGGAGUCUGAUGAAUGACCACGACAAUAUCGGUGUGAAAUAUUGAAAAACAGCCACGUAGGCCUAUAGUUAAUUUGUCUCAUUUAGAAUAGUAAACUACUGUAUUAUGUCGAAGGAUACAGCUAGCUAGGCUACAAAGGCUGUAGCUAGCUAGACAGCAAAAAACGUCAACUUGACUCAACUUCAUAUCUCAGUACGAGGAAGGAGUUCUCAAGUACAGGUAGUCCUGACCAGACCUCUCUCCAGCACCAUGUGGGACGAGGAGAUCAGACAUAUGGCGUCCAGCCACGCCAUCAUGGCAUCGGGGGUGUUUAUGGCGACAGUGGUGCCGGCGGUGCUAGUGCCGGGUUUCUCUGUGUAUGGAACACACCUGCUGUGGCAGUACUCUGUUGCCGGGGUUGUUGCUGUGGUCAACAUCUCCCUGUUCUGGCUGCUGGGGGUCAGCCCCCCUACCAAGAAACACACUAUCACCUACAAGAUGUCUAGGUUGGUGCGUUCCUGUCUCUACUUGCUCCUCUCCUGUCUGUUCUUCCACACUGUAGUGGUCCUGUAUGGAGCACCGCUGCUGGAGUCUGCGCUGGAGACAUUCUCUCUGGCGGUGUUGUUGACCAGUCUAACCACUCUGAGGUGUGUGUGUGUCCUCGGGCCCAACGUCCAAGCCUGGAUAAGAGUCUUCAGCCGACAUGGGGCCAUGUCGGUGUGGGACACCUCUCUACAGAUGGUGGUCGGCUGCAGUGUUGUGGGAGCCUGGCUGGGAGCCUUCCCUAUCCCUUUGGACUGGGACCGACCCUGGCAGGUGUGGCCUGUGUCCUGCAGUCUGGGUGGAGUGAUUGGUUACCUGACUGGGCUAGUCGUCGCCCCCGCCUGGAUACACUGGCACCGGAAACACCUCACCUACAAGAGCAAGUGAUGGAUAGGACAGGGAGGGAGGGAGGGUGUGAGAGUGUAUGUA